UCGUGAGUCGUGACUUGACUUGAGGAGAUAGAGCGACUGUGAGUGAGAAAGAGUGUGUCGUCGUUGUUGGAAAUAAAGAGGUGGUGACUGGCAGACUGAAACAUGCUAGUAUUGACUGUGGUUAAGUUUUUACACGAGAAAUCAUAAUUUUGAUUAGUUAGUAAAGUUAUUUGAAAAAUCACCUGAUAUUAUUCGAUUAGUGUUGUUUCUGUGACAUUAGGACCAUGCCUAAAAUUAAGGCCGAAAAGAAAUCAAGAAACCAUGUGGAGGUUGCAAAACAAGGAAUAUUGUUCAACAAGGGUUUUGGGCAGCAUAUCCUAAAAAAUCCUCUCAUAAUUCAAGCGAUGGUUGAAAAAGCUGCUAUUAGAUCAACAGAUGUUGUUUUAGAAAUUGGACCUGGUACAGGAAAUAUGACUGUUAAAUUAUUAGAGAAAACAAAUAAAGUUAUAGCCUGUGAAAUUGACACAAGACUUGUUGCGGAGCUGCAGAAACGGGUGCAGGGAACCCCACAUCAGUCACAUCUACAAAUCAUGGUUGGAGAUGUCCUCAAGAUGGAAUUACCAUUUUUCCACGUCUGUGUUGCAAACAUCCCCUACCAGAUCUCCUCGCCUCUAGUUUUUAAGCUGCUCUUGCAUCGCCCAUUUUUUCGAUGUGCAGUACUGAUGUUUCAACGAGAGUUCGCCCAGAGACUGGUUGCAAAACCAGGAGACAAACUCUACUGUCGACUUUCCAUCAACACUCAGCUGCUGGCCAGAGUUGACCUUCUCAUGAAGGUUGGUAAAAACAACUUCAGGCCACCACCUAAAGUCGAGUCCAGUGUUGUCCGAAUAGAGCCCAUCAAUCCUCCUCCUCCUAUAAACUUCAAAGAAUGGGAUGGUCUAACAAGAAUUGCAUUCAUACGGAAAAAUAAAACUCUAAGUGCUGUGUUCAAACAAAGUAUGAUGCUCACUAGUUUAGAGAAAAACUAUAGAGUCCACUGCUCUUUGAAAAAUCAGGAAGUGCCAACUGACUUCGAUAUUAAGAAGUAUGUUGAUGACAUUUUACUUGGUUGUGGAUAUUCAGACAAAAGGGCUAGAACCAUGGACAUUGACGACUUCCUUGUAGUACUACACGCAUUCAAUGCAAGUGGAAUUCAUUUCGCUGGGAGCUAAAAGUUAUAUUUCCUUUUUUAACCCUGUUGUAAAUAAAAUAUAUUUUAUGACUCGUUA